GUAGAAUGCUCUUUUCUACCAUGUCCUAAUCUUGAGUGCCCUAGAGAGGACUGGGUGCUGGAAGCUGGACAAUGCUGCUUCAAGUGUCAGCAACCACCACCACCACAUACAGGAUGUCCAUUUGAUGACAAUGGAAUUGAGAUCCCAGUUGGUCAGAUUUGGUCUCCUGGGGAUCCCUGUUCAAUCUGCAUUUGUCAGGCAGACAGCACCAUUGUGUGUAAGAAAACAGACUGCGUGGAGACUUGUCCCCAUCCCAUCGUUGUGCCUGGACAAUGCUGCCCUGACUGCUCAGCAGGUUGCUCGUAUGGGCGAAGAACAUACAGAAAUAAU